CUGACACUUUGCAGACUCACUCAGGCCUGUUCUUGGAGGAGCUGGAGAUGAUGGUGCCGUCCACCCCCACCUCGGCCAGCGGCGGCUUCUGGCGGGGCGGCGAGCUGGGGUCCGAGCCCCCCACGGGCACCCCCAGCACGGCCAGUGAGGUGGUCAAGAUCCUGGAGCGCUGGUGGGGGACCAAGCGGAUCGACUAUUCCCUGUACUGCCCCGAGGCGCUCACGGCCUUCCCCACGGUGACCCUGCCCCACCUCUUCCACGCCAGCUACUGGGAGUCUGCCGACGUGGUGGCCUUCAUCUUGCGCCAGGUCAUCGAGAAGGAGCGGCCCCAGCUGGCCGAGUGUGAGGAGCCGUCCAUGUACAGCCCGGCCUUCCCCCGGGAGAAGUGGCAGAGGAAGCGGACCCAGGUCAAGAUUCGGAACGUGACCUCCAACCACCGGGCCAGCGAUGUCGUCGUGUGUGAGGGCCGGCCGCAGGUACUGAGCGGGCGCUUCAUGUACGGGCCCCUGGAUGUGGUGACGCUGACUGGAGAGAAGGUGGACGUCUACAUCAUGACCCAGCCCCUCUCCGGCAAGUGGAUCCACUUUGGCACCGAAGUGACCAACAGCUCGGGCCGGCUCACCUUCCCGGUGCCCCCCGAGCGCUCCCUGGGCAUCGGCGUCUACCCCGUGCGGAUGGUGGUCAGGGGGGAUCACACUCACGCCGAGUGCUGCCUGACCGUGGUGGCCCGAGGCACCGAGGCCGUGGUGUUCAGCAUCGACGGGUCCUUCACGGCCAGCGUCUCCAUCAUGGGCAGCGACCCCAAAGUGAGGGCUGGAGCCGUGGAUGUGGUCAGGCACUGGCAGGACUCGGGCUACCUGAUCGUGUAUGUGACGGGCCGCCCGGACAUGCAGAAGCACCGUGUGGUGGCCUGGCUGUCCCAGCACAACUUCCCUCACGGGGUGGUCUCCUUCUGUGACGGGCUCACCCACGACCCCCUGCGGCAGAAGGCCGUGUUCCUGCAGAGUCUGGUGCAGGAGGUGGAGCUGAACAUCGUGGCCGGCUAUGGGUCCCCCAAGGAUGUGGCCGUGUACGGGGCACUGGGGCUCCCCCCCAGCCAGACCUACAUCGUGGGCCGGGCGGUCCGCAAGCUUCAGGCCCAAUGCCAGUUCUUGUCCGAAGGCUACGUGGCCCACCUGGCCCAGCUGGAAGCGGGCGCCCACCCCCACGCCCCCCAGGCCCCGCCCAGGACCGGACUGGCCAAGAGCAGUUAUGUGGCGGCUCCCGUGGACUUUCUCCGCAAGCAGAGCCAACUGCUCCGCUCGCGGGGGCCCAGUCAGGUGGAUCGGGAGGGACCCGGGACCCCGCCCACGGCCCUGGCCCGGGCCAAGGCGCGCAGCGUCAGCCUCAAGCUGGACAGCGAGGAGUGACCUGCCGCCCCCCCCCCAGGGAACUGGAUGGACGAUCCCAAGCCCCGCCCCGAGGCGGAGGGGCCCCACCUCCCCAGACUCCACCCCCGGGCGCGUGCCCUUCGGUUCUGUCUCACCCCCCCCUUCCCAGUCAAUGUGUUACAAAUCCCUUUAAUGUGAGGGGACCGCCCGGGGAGAGGGCAGGGGGGCAGGGGCCCCGGAGGCUUCCACCACGUGUGAAACUGUGAACAUUAAACCCCCACCCCCCCA